GCCUCGUCCACCAUCCAAUUGACACCUUUGUGCGAAACGUCCUCGACGAUGGCCUCGACAUCCGAAGAGACCUCUGUUGCGAUACAACCCACUCCUCCAGCGCAGGUCCGGUACUGCGAAGUCUGCUCCUUCCCGCUCGAGUACUGCGAGUUUGGCUCGAGCCUCACGAAAUGCAAGGAGGCUUUGCAGAAGGACGACCCAGAGCUAUACGAUCACUACUACUCGGAAGAGGCCCUGCAGGCGAAGCUCGGCACACUCAGUCUCGACGCCCAGGCCAAGCUCGAGAAAGAAACGGCGAAGAAGGAAGCAAAGGCUGUGGCUAAAGCUGAUGCAGCGCUGAAGAAAAAGAUGGUAUCUCAGGUGACAAUCAAGCGUAUAGAACGGAACAAGCGGAAGCACGUUACAUCUGUACAUGGACUGGAAACCUUCGGUGUGGAUUUGAAGAAGGCCGCGAAGCAGUUCGCGCAGAAAUUCGCUACGGGAGCAUCCGUGACGAAGAACACGCAAGGUCAGGACGAGAUUGUCGUGCAAGGAGAUGUCAGCGCAGAGAUUGUAGAGAUGAUUGAAGAGGGUCAGGGCGUUCUGAAGGGUAUUCCCAGAGACAACAUCGUAGAGGUCGAGGACAAGAAGAAGAAGGGAGGCGAUUAAUUGUAUUCUUGUCCUGUACAGAUAACCAUCCGCAUGUACCAACAACCUUCUGUCUGAACUAUCUU